AGAGAGCUAGUUGCAUAGCACCUUUAGCUACGCUUUUUCAAGUACGUUUACCCAUCCGCCCAAUUCAUCCUUUCCUGUUGUUUCAUUUUUUACCUUUCCUCGUUUUCUUUUCCCGGCGUGUUUUUUGUUUAAACACCCCCGCCUUCCUUCUCUCCCUCUUCUUCUCUCUCGCUCGAAAGCUCGUAUCAACGGUGAACUAGCAUAGCUGUGCUUGAAAGCUGAACCGGGUAUCAUAAUAAGCGUCGUAAUAGGAGGAUUCCUUUUCUCUUCCCCUUUCUUCUUUCUUCUGUGGGGCGGACUCCCGCUUCACUGCUUCAUUGAGCUUCUCUGCCUUUGUUCUUGUUGUUUAUGGAUUCACGCUAGCUCUUCGGGAGUGUGUGUUACAUAGGGAUAUAUAUGCAUAUAUAUUUGAGGUUCUCAUCUCCUUUCUUCUUCUUUUCAUCACCAGCAUAUUAUUGGCAAUUUAUAUAAUAGUAUAGUACUCCAGCUUCGCGGAAAUCCGAUAAUGUUCUCAGAGACGUACUUUAGCGUCCGCGUAAAGGGAUGUGCGGGGGCUGCGUACGAGAUCCACGAGUCGCGCAGCUGUGUAAUGGACCUCACGAGUGUUCUUCUCGAGGCCCAAGACAACGUUCGCCAGAUCCACACGCUCAACCACGUUCUCGGCAUUCACUCCGCCGUGCCCAAGCCGCCUGCUGGGCCGGCACCUGCCUCGCCUCGCCCUUCGAUCCCAACUGGUGAUACAAAGAAAGGCAACGACGCCGACAGCAACAAGAACGCUGACAACAUGAAUGAAUCCCGGGUGCCUGAUAUGUAUAGAAUGGACACCAUCGUGCACAGUUUGUCUCGCCCGGACGUUGAGGCCGACUUCGCGACUGCCCCGAUCAAUCUAAGCGCCACGGCCAGCAGCCGGACCUUCACAUCAGUGUCCUCGAUGCAGCGACUGGCGCACGCGGUGCGGGACGACCUUCCCAUGGACGUUGUGGCCACCAACGCGCUGGACUUCGUGGCGGCGUGGCGGAAGGAGGAUGGGAGGUGCACCGCGCAGGAUGACCUUUUCCACGAGUGCAUCUCCUCUCGCCUCACCAUCGAGGCCACCGAGGAGGAGUGUCGCCGGCGGCUGCGGCAUCUCCUCUUCAACGUGGCGGAGCAGCUGGACCGCUUUGCCGUCCUCGGCGAGUACGACAAGUUUGUCGUGUUUUGCAUGGAAAACGAACCCGUCUGGCGGCAGGCGGCGCGGCAGCUGCAAGAGGACAACACCGCCCGACUGAACACAGCGGCGAACAUCUACAUCCGCUUCCUCCUCGAGGACGCCGCCGUGUCGGAGAAGACGAAGAUGUAUCAAGAGGCAGCAGACUUUGUGGUGUCGCUCAGUUUAAUGGAGCGAGAGCAGCGCGGCGUCGCGCAGACGAAGGCCGUGGCGCGACGCCGCCGACAGUCCGCCUCGCAAGUCACGACACCGACAGCGACGGUGACGAGGCGGAGAAACGGCGAUGAGGCGGGUGCGUCCGCAGGGCGUGCGGGAUCGCACUCGCCCAACGACCCAAAGGCCCACAAAAAGGAGGCGGGGAGCGGUGCGACCGCCGCGGAGCGGGUGAAACCGCUCUCGUCGGUGGAGGUGGACAACUACCGCGAGGGCUGGCGGGCAAUACUGGGCCACCUCACCAACGGCGAGCGCGGCGGGCCGACACACCAGAAUGUCACUCCACCUGCCACCGCUCUGCCCGUUGCCGCGGCGGCCCCUCUCAGCGCACGUGAGCAACAACACAAGAACAAAUCUCCGAUCCUGCCGGAGGUCGCAUCACUCAACGGCUCCAGGAACGAGGGAAGGCAGCAACAGACAAAGUCCAAAGACUUUGUGUUCCCCUCACCGAAGGAGACGAAGGUGGAGACGAAGCGGUCGCCACCCAAUGACAAAGACAAGCACAAAUCGCUACCACCGGUAUCACGGGAUGCGCAAAAGAUUCAAAAGGACGAUAAAGCUGCUGUCUCCUCAUCUUCACGGCCGGCACAAAAGUCGCGCGAUGAGCCGCGCGGUAAACGCAACCCCUCGCCUCCUCGCGGCCCAAGUCUGCCGAGCACGCGCGGUGCCGAGGCGGCGGCACGGAAAUCAGAGGCGGACGCGAAACCAAAGGAGAUUCGUCCGGUCGUGGUGAACGCCACCGUGCAGAGGCACGCGGACGGCAAUCGUGACCCACGCGGCGGCCCGCGUCACAGCCAUCGUGAGGCCAAGGCGCGCUCUUAA